UUGGUAAAAGUAGUUAGUACCUUAGGCGCAACUCCCUUCACCGGUUCGGAUACUUUGGUUAGGCAAUUAUUAAGACAAUUGCCAAACCAAAGUAUCCAAACGGCCCCUGCCGCUCCUUCAACCUCCGCAGCCCCCGUUGCUGCCUCAAACCCCGCAGCUCCCGCUGCCGUCUCUGCCCCCGCAGCCCCCACUGCUGCUACGGCUCCCCUAAUGUCAAUGGACAUCGCCCCACCAUCAAAGCCAGCUUCCCGCUGUGUCCCAAUCCUUGCAAAGAAGCAAGUCCCGCCCCCUGUCUUCCUAAGAGACAAGGCAUUAUUCAUCAAGCUGUCGAAAUCCUUAUACGACGCAGGCAUUAAAUAUGACCAUGCGAUUAACCUCGGGGAGACUAUUAAAAUCAUUCCCAACUCGAUCGAUGCCUUCCGUAAGCUAUUUAUUACAAUGGCUUCAACCAACGGCUUAGUGCCCAAAAUCUGA